ACAGAUAAAAUGUAUUCCUCUUGAGAUUAGUGCGAUAAAAACUGUGGCGGUAGUGGACGUAACAACGGACUAACUUUAUUAUUAGAAUUAUGUAUCAGUGUACUGCAAUGAUCGUGUUUAUUCUCGUAGUCGGACUCAUUCCUUACGCGGUUCCCGAAAGCUGUUUCUACCAGCGUUGUCUGGGCUGUCAUCCUGAGCAAGUAAUAGCACCAGGCAGGUCGGUAGAUUGCCACCCAACCAACUGGGUAUCAGCCACAUGGGUGCACAACUAUGGACAUCCUCCGCCCAGCACCGACUCCAAGAUACCUAUAGAGUACCGCUGCUUGAAGAUGGUGGCAACGCCAGAUGAUAAGACUUUUGGCAACACAGUGGAUACUCUCAGAGGCUGUAUUCCACGAGCGCAGAUAGACUCCGUCUGUCUAGGCCUACUCGCCGUCGAGAGAGCUCGUGGUCACAGCGACGCUCGUUGCUUCAUAUGCAACGGGAACGACUGCAAUUCCGUUGCAAAAACACAUCCAUUACCACUAGUUGUAUUUAUAGCAAUAUCACUACUUUAUUUCAUACUAAGGUGAAGAAUAUAAAAAAAAUGAGGGGAAAUUCAAUAAAACAAUUGUUUAAUAAACAGUUAAUUUAAUGACAUAGAUACUCAAAUAUUUUAUACAUUUUAUUGUACAGCAUUUUUUGUAAAACAUUUUGAUAAAAUUAAAACUUUAUAUAUUUUUUUAA